UUUCCGUCGUUGUUUAUUUCUUCGAUGCUACUUUGCUGUCUAUUUUCUUUACCCUAUUUGUCGGCCAACUGCACCCCGUGACGCCGCACAUAGCGAGUCCGCUCUUUCGUCUCCCUUUGGCUGGGUUUAUUAUUCAAAACUGGUUUCUAAUUGGAUAGUUGCACAGACACACGUGCUGCUGUUAAUCCUCCGUCCCAGCUAAUGCCACAACCGUCCGUUAUAUGUAUCAAUUUGUCCGAGGAAGACCGAACAGCGCAGUGUUCUCAAAGGAAAUAAUACAACGUACACAGUACGGAACGAGACGAGUGAGAAACUGCACCCAGCAUGAAAUCUCAAAGCACCUCGUUUUCUGCGUCUCUUUUAACCGCUUGUUUACUUUUUGGUGCUGUUUGGAUAGCGACGGGUGACUACUGUGAGGUGAACGUUUGCCACAAUGGGGGCACCUGUGUGACAGGGGUGGGUGAUGCCCCCUUCAUCUGCAUAUGUGCCGACGGCUUCUCUGGAGAUACCUGCAACUCUACUGAGACAGGUCCCUGCAGCCCCAACCCUUGCAAAAACGAUGCUACUUGCGAGGUCAUCAGCAACUCCCGCCGUGGGGAUAUGUUCAGCGAAUAUGUCUGCAAGUGCCAGCCAGGCUUCGAUGGCAUCCACUGCACGAACAAUGUGAAUGACUGCGCAAAACAGCCUUGUCAGAACGGAGGUGUGUGCCGCGACCUGGAUGGGGACUACAACUGCAGGUGCUCCUCCCCCUAUGUUGGGAAGCACUGCCAACUGCGAUGUAUCUCCUUGCUGGGGAUGGAAGGUGGGGGCAUUGCUGAGUCCCAGAUCUCCGCCUCUUCUGUGUACUAUGGCAUGUUGGGAUUGCAGCGCUGGGGCCCAGAGCUCGCCCGGCUCAACAACAAGGGCAUUGUUAAUGCCUGGACUGCAGCUCCCCAUGACAAGAACCCCUGGAUUGAGAUCAACCUGCGGAGGAGGAUGCGACUGACAGGCAUUGUCACACAGGGUGCCAGUCGCAUGGGUACCGCGGAGUUCAUCAAAGCCUUCAAAGUGGCAUCCAGCUACGAUGGCAAGACCUAUGGCAUAUACAGAGGCGAGGGCCAGAGGAAGGACAAGGUGUUUGUAGGGAACGUGGAUAACGAUGGCACCAAGACCAACAUGUUUGACCCUCCAAUCGUGGCUCAGUACAUCCGCAUCAUCCCCUUGGUUUGUCGCAAGGCCUGCACGCUGCGCAUGGAACUGGUGGGCUGUGAGCUAAAUGGUUGCUCUGAGCCUCUGGGUGUGAAGUCUCGCCUGAUCUCAGACAGGCAGCUCACUGCAUCUAGCACCUUCCGCACCUGGGGUAUUGAUGCUUUUACUUGGCACCCACACUACGCUCGUCUGGACAAGCAGGGCAAGACCAAUGCCUGGUCGCCAGCCACCAAUGAGCGCACAGAGUGGCUGCAGGUGGACUUGGAGACCCCAAAGCGUGUGACAGGCAUCAUCACCCAGGGAGCCAAAGACUUUGGAGUGGUGCAGUUUGUGUCUGCCUACAAGGUGACGUACAGUGAUGAUGGACAGUCCUGGAGUGUGGUGAAGGAUGAGAACACAAGGACAGACAAGGUUUUUGAAGGCAACAGUGACAACAAUGUGCACAAAAGGAAUGUGUUUGAGCCGCCCUUCUACGCCCGUUUUGUGCGUGUGAUCCCGUGGGAGUGGCACGAGCGCAUAACGCUGCGUUUGGAGCUCCUUGGCUGUGAGGACUAGAGCCCCACCCCCUCAUGCAGCCCCGCUCUCUCUUGAAGUCUUCCCCAUGGUCAUGCAUAGCCAUGCCCUUCUGUCUGAGCCCCACCCACCUGCCUUGCCUGCACUGCCACGUCCACAACCACAGGGGGAAGCAGCAGACUGUCAGAAUUGUGUUGGCUGAAACCUUGCAUUGCAUGGCCUGAAACUCAUCCUCUUUCACACAUCAGAUCCAUAUUUUAAAUCUGUAAUCCUGUUCCAAGAAUUAAGCAUGCUGUGAAUAUUGUCACCAUAGUUGCUCCCUGAUUGUGGUGAGUGGUGAGUGAUGUAGCCUUCUUAAAAGUCCAUCCCUUAUGUUUCUGUGAUUUUGCAGCGUAGUUUAUGGAGAUUUUUUUCUCUCUUUUGGUGGUAUUAACUUAGAAAUUCUUAGCUUAAUGCAGAUACCAUCUUACAUACUUUAUUUGAAGGAGUUGUGAAAAUGAUUUUGUGUAUCAUAAUACAAGAGGGAAAUUAUUCAAACUUGAUGGAAUUUUAAAAAGGACAUCUGGUUCUACUCAGGUUCUGACAUUUAUUUAUCCUUGGCAACAGUUAGCACUUUACAGGGAAGAGACUCUUGCUAGAAUUGCAAGUUUACCAAAGUGUAGACAAUUUAAUAUCUCUCCUGUCAGAAUAACAUCAUAGAAUUGUUUUGCUUAUUUUGUUUUAUUUUUUAAAUAUUUUUGUGGUUCCUUUUUUCACAAGGUUUUACCUCGUUUCAAUUUCUUUGGUGGCACCAGUAUCAUGAAUAGGUAAAAUUUUGAGCACAAGCUCUGUGGCCUGGGUUCCACCCCAGCUGUGUCAUUACCCUUAUUCCGCCUGGGAUGGGAGUGGGUAUUGUUGGCGGGGGUUGCUGGUUUCACUGUUCUCAGCCACCCUGCGAUUUCCCAGGCUACUGAGAGUUGCUCAGAGGUGCAGAGGUUGAGAUGUGGUGACGAGCUUAUUACAACAUAAAGCCAGUGAUUCCAAAAACAAGACUGCAUAAGGGGGGAAAAGCAAGAAGAAUAUAUGUACAGUUUGUGGGUCACAUUUGCUCUGAAAGCUAGUUGAAGGAGAAUUUAUAAAAUGAGCAUCAGAGUGCUAGUGAUUAGUUUAAAUUUACUGUCAUGAAUAAUUUUAAUAGAAAACAUAAAUCUGUUUCUAAGAAAUGUUUAUCCAAGUGGUGUUUAGCAGUUUAAUUGUCCUCCAGUCAAUUGAAUCACUGACCCCUAUAGGCUUAUUUGCUAUUUGGAAUAUUUUCUUGUUAGAAGCAGGAUAUUUUGGGCCUUUUAUAUUUCUUAAAAUACCCAUUCAUUCCUUUGCCAGUGCCAAGGAAUGCUGCCAACAGCUAGAUACAAAAUGUUUGACUUAACCUGCAACAGGAGUGUGCAAUAUCCAUCACAUACGUACUCUCCCCUGUUUGCACUAAAUGGAUGUGAAGUGUACAGAGAACCAACAGCUGAGGUUGGACAAAUGAAAUGGAAAAUAGAUUGAACUGAAAAGGUUUUCUUUAGUGGCACUGAAGCUCUCACAAGACCACAUAGAUUUCAUAUAUAGUUAAACGACAAAGACCUUCACCAGAUUGUGAAAUCAGGGGAUGUGCAAUAAACUGCUGACUAAAUAGAGCUAGAAUUGAGCUGUGUUGCACUAAGGCCCAUGUAACUAUAGAUGUAAGGGUAAUGAUUAAUAUUGUGAAACACUGUAAAAUAUGUGUUGUACAGGCUAUCAUCAAAAUUGUUAUUUUGAUGUUUUCUAACGAAGCAUGGUUAACAGAAAUCAGUAGUGUUUUGGCACUGACUCUGCAGUGGUUUCAACACUGACUUUGUUUUCCCUAUAAUGAUUCUGGCUCUGGCUGUGCAGGGUUUUGAAUGUCUUGCUUUGAUAGUUGUCAUUAAACACAAAGGUUUUCUGUUGACAUCAGCUCAGUAGCAGACUUGUUCGGUCACCCUUCCCCAUUUGACCAGAGUUUUUUAUGAUUUAUCAAAAAAUAAAUUGAUGUUUUUUUUUACACUACAUAAUUGGAUAAUAAUAGCAAUACAUAGAAAAUGUUGACUUUGUCUU